AUGUGCAGAGAAAGUAUCUUUUUAUGUCUGAUCUUUAUCAUCAUGUUUCAUCAACAAACAAUUGUCAUUGGCUUCCGACAACAAUCUGUUGGUGUCCGAGGUCGUCUUCUAUGUGGCAAUGAAAGUUUACCAAAUACACAAGUAAAAUUAUGGGACAAAAAUACAAUUGGUAUGGAUGAUCAAUUGGCAGCAAUGAAAACGAAUGCAGAUGGAAGUUAUGAGCUAAAAGGCGGCAUUGGAUCAAUAUUUGGGAUGAAUGUUGUUUUGAAAAUUUAUCAUGAUUGCGAUGAUGGGAUCAAGCCUUGUCAACGGAAAGUAGUACUCGGUAUCCCGGAUAGUUAUGUUACUCGUUCGAGUAAUGUGGAACAGUGGUUUAAUGCAGGAGAACUGAACAUGCAAUUCAAAUUUCCAAAUGAAGAACGAAGCUGUAUCAAUUAA